CAAGCGGCACAGCAUGAUGAGUGCGCCUGCUGGGAAGAAGGAACAGCCGAAGCAGGAAAAGAAAUACUUGGCUCGAGCUGUUGCAGCGCCGAAGACGCCAACCGGCAGCGGUAAAUCUCCGCUCCCGUCUCCGCCCACCUGGGCACUCAGCCCUCAGUCGGCCGCCAAAGCGAUCGGUGCGGAUCGUCCCGACGCCGUCAAUAUAGAUUUCGACGACGGCGACGGCCUAUCGCAGCGCGGCGAGACCGCGUCGGAGGAGACGUCUGCCGCGCCGCCCGCGCAGGAGCCGCCGGCCGCGCUGCCUGUGGCUGCGGACCAGGCGCCGUCGACGGCGUCGGAGAAGCGCCCGCGCGCCGACGACGACGACGAGGAACGCAAGCGACCCAAACCUCCGCAGACGGAAGCGCCUCAGCCGCCGCCGCUCGGCGCUCCCUCCAAACCACUCGCCGUGGCGACGCAAGCGCCCGCCACUGCGCCCGUGCCGGCCGACUCGACGGCCGGCGGCGGGCAGACGAAGCGGUCGGCACCAGACCGCGAGAUUCCGAAGGGGUCCAUCACAUUUGAACCCAUCAAUCCCUAUCUCGAUGAAGACUUCUGGACGGCCUACGAACAGUACAAGGGCAGCAAGACCACUGAUGAGUUCCAGGCGAACGGCGGCAUGGCCGACGACCUCGUGCGCGACUUUCAAAAGGGUUUGAUUGGGGCUCCGCAGUACAUCAUGAGGUGGUUGGAAAAGCUGUCACAGCAGCCAAAGAAGCCCAGAACGGACUCGCAGUAGACGCGGGCCGUCGACGACGCGCUUCCGACGCCGCGGGCCGGGCUCCUGCGCGCCGGGCGACGCCUCGUUUGAAGGGCGCGUAGAGGGGACGCGCUGGUGCCACAGGCUCUACUGUAUGUGUGACACAAUAUUUAAGUUACUUCUUCUUUUACCUAGAGGACGGCGGCCGCGGGCCCGUCUCCCGGAGCCGCGGAACGUUAUCGGUGACGUCCGUGCGAUGAGUCUCGUUCCGAGCGAGUCGGAAUGGUUCGGUGUUGUUGUAGCGCUCGCCUUUCAAUUUCUCAUUGAACAUGUUCUCGCGGUUCGCUUUGAGGGCGGCGGCUUGCCCGAUCGUCCAGUCAGCGAGGGCCCCAUUUUUGGCGAGGUACUCCGAUCUCCAGUCCACGGCGAAUUGCGCGCGCGUCCGUAGCCAGGUCCCCAACGCGUCCGAACCUUUCGGUAAAGCUAAGAUUUCUUCGCGUUGCUGACGACACAACGCCUUCGCGAUGCGAGUCCACGCGCGGCGGUGCAUGAUCGAGGGGGUCGGCGGCGGCUCAGUUUCUUCAUCGGGCGCGAUAGCGGCGGCGCGAGCGAGGCGGAUCAUCUCGUUCCGCGUUUUCUCGUCGUCGUCGAGGUAGUCGCACAGUUUCAAAUGCGUGGCGACGUGCUCCCCCAAAUCCGCCUUUGUCGUAUCGUCGCCGAGUAAUCUUAAUACGUAGCCGAUCGUUGCGGGCAUGCCCGGGACCGCCAGGGACAGCGCCUUGGCCGUACCCGCCUGUAACUUACGAUCUACGUUCGGUGCAAGCUUCCUUAAAUCGGCAUCCGAAUUUUCACGAAUCAGCUCGGCGACGUCCCUGAGCUUCCGCUCCUCCAGCGUCAGCGGAUCGCCAAGGUGAGCCGAGCCUUGCUCGUCGGCUCCUACUGCUGGUAAAUUGUCCUGGGCCAACUUCUCGCAGCGCGGCGGGUUCUCCCGAGCUUUCCUUACUUCCCGACAAGUUCCUACCGCUGAAGAGCCAAGUUCGACGCGUUUGCAGGCGGGGCACUCGCAGCCGGGCGGCGGCUGCACCAUGCUCAAGCAGGCGUCGCACUCACCGCAGCGCUUCUGCUCCUCCUUUUGCUGGCCGGCGCCUUCUCGCGAUGUGGUGCGCCGCUCAAUCUCCAAGCCUUUUGCGCGUUUCCAUGCGCUUGUAAAGUCACUACUCCGGAAGUAUUUGGCGGCCUUACCUUGGAACUGGGAGAAGUCGACCUUGUAGUGGACGCACAACUUGAUCUCGGUUUCAUAUUUCCUUUUGAUGGAGGGGGGCAGCGGCACAUCAUCUAAAACGACGUUGCUCAGAUCCGGUUCCGAGGACGCCGCCGAGUCGUCGUCGCUCGAGGCCUCGUCGGACUCCUCCUGCUCGGCGCGGCGGUCCUUGUUCCACACUUUGAUGGCGUCGUGGCGGAACUUCAGGAGGCGACGCUUUACUGCGGCGCCCGCGGCGUUGCUGUCCAGAUACACGGCGAGCCAAUUUGAUUUUUUAUAAUCGCCGCCUUUAGGGAGCAGGGCGAACGUCGCCUUCUCCAGAUUCUGCUUCACCAUGGCUUUUAAGAUGUCCAAAAGGACCUGCUUGCCCGUGUUUGUGGCGGUGAACCCGAAGUGCUUCUUGAACGCACCAGAAUCGAUACAGGUUUCGUCCUCCGAUAGUGGCUCCUCCGGCGGCGUCUCCGCCUCCCUUUCCGCGUCGGCCACUGGCGCGUCGGCCAUUGCGAGUCCGGACACAGUGGCUUUUUUUAACUCUUGAGUGUACGCGCAGCAGCUCUUCAGCUUACGCGCAGCAGCAGUUUACGCGAGCAGCAGCGAGUGUACCAGCGAACGGUUAGCUCGCCCUGAUGCUUAGGCCGAGUCAGUCGAGGCG